AUGACGCACCCAUUUGAAUGUACGAUUAGUCUGAACUUUCCUGCGGAAGUAGAUGCUCAAUUUGUAUUGCAAACACUCCAAGUCGACGAUGAAUUGCAGCCUGAGAAAAUCCACCGUAGGAUGAGUGUCAAAGACACUGAGCUUCACGUCCACUUUGAGGCCACGGAGAUCCGAUUGUUGCGUGCAGCUGUGUCUUCCUUUUACGACAUGAGCUUGCUGACUGCCAGGACGCUAUUGGAGUUCAAGGAGUGA